AUGAUCGGUUUUCGACCAAAACUAUCGGCAUGUGACGUCAUGCUACAGCUCAAGGACCAAAUUAUAGAGAAGCCAACGCGAGACACAAAAGUGAUCGUGGGGUUAGAUGUGGCAAAGGCAUUUGACAACGUGAGGCACGUGUCGAUCUUAGAGAAUCUGACCUCACUGAACGUCGGGAAGAGAGUUUACCACUACAUCAAGGACUUCCUUUCGAACAGGAAAGCCACCUUAAAGAUAGGGGAAGAAUCCAUCGAGGACAUUAAAUUAGGUAACAGGGGGACGCCGCAGGGCUCGGUGUUAUCACCAACCCUUUUCAACAUUGUGAUGUUGAAACUGCCUGAACAGUUAAGAGAUAUUGAGAAUCUAAAUCACACCAUUUAUGCGGACGACUUAACAUUAUGGAUUAACAAGGGCAGUGACGGGCAAAUUGAAAGUUCCCUGCAAAACGCCAUUGAUAAAAUCGUAGAGUACCUGAAACCCAAAGGACUUAAAUGUUCAGCCGAAAAGUCGGAAGCACUGUUCCUCAUGCCCCCCGGACAACGGCGGCUCCACAUGCAGCCUGAAGUGGACAUCCACUUGUAUAUUAAUGGCGCAGAGAUCCCCGCGGUCGACAGUAUCCGCGUUCUCGGGCUGAGAAUUCAGGCGAACCGGAAGAAUCAUGAAAUGCUUGCCAGGUUAGAAGCCAGUUCAAAUCAGACAUGUCGUCUCAUCAGACGAAUAGCGAACAGGCACGCUGGGAUGAAGGAGGCGAACCUUCUUAGGCUCGUGCAAACCUUCAUAAUAAGUAGGAUAGUGUACGUGGCGCCUUACCUCAAAUUAAACCAAGCGGAGCGGAACAAGCUCGAUACCAUUAUCAGAAAAAGUGUGAAAGUCGCGCUCGGACUUCCCCCGAACACGUCCACUGACAGACUCAUGAAAUUAGGCGUAUCGAACACACUCGAUGAGCUGAUUGAGGCUACCGUUACCGCACAGCAUCAAAGGCUACUCGGAUCUAAAACGGGGAGAGCAAUAUUAGAGAGAUUGGGUUACGAGCCUAAGCGUGAUCAAGUGCGCUCAAAAGACAUACCGGGACAAAUCAGGGACAGAAUAAAGAUACCUCCGCUACCCAGAAACAUGAACCCUGCCUUUCACGAAGGCAGACGUAAAGCCAGGGCAGAGGCAUUACAAGCCAAGUACACCGGUCGACAGGACGUCCUGUAUACAGACGCAGCGGAAUAUGAGAACAAAGCGGCACACACGGCAGUGGCAGUCAGGGAUAACGGCGCCCUGAUGGCGUGCUGCACAGUCAGUGGUGGUGAGACUGUAGAGGCCGAGGAAGUGGCCAUAGCCUUGGCCAUCAGCCAAAAGGGGGUCAGGGUGGUCAUCAGCGACUCCAAAAACGCCGUGAGGAAUUAUGAAUCGGGAAGGGUGACGGAGACUGCCGUCCGUAUAUUAAACACGUUAGGAAGACCCAGAGAGAUUAUUCUGCUCGUCUGGGCACCAGCGCACCAGGGACUUAGAGGGAACGAGGAGGCUCAUUCGGUCGCCCGAGGUCUCACUUACCGGUCGACCCCCGGAACCUCACCAGUUACCGAACUUCGAAAAAGAAGAUACGGACUGGAGGAAAAGGUGGAUUAUAGCUAUUAA